AUGAAUAAUGUAUCUAAGGCAAGUACAAGUGGGAAUAAAGGACUGUUACAAAACAAGAAAGCAAAAAAAAUAUAUCGUGAAGCAUAUUCUUCAGAUAGCGAGUCAUUAUCGGACUUUAGUCUACAUGAUGAUACAUCCGCUAACACUUCUAGUGAAGAUGAACCCUUGGCUACUUGGAAACACCAAAAUAUCAACGUGGACAGAUUAAACGAAUGCCAUAAGCAAAGCUCAUUUUCCGUAAAAAAUAAACCGCCAAACACUUCUUUUGAUAGCGAUGAUGAAGUUCCACUCAUACUUCUCAAAAAUAGAGAGAAUAUUGUCUCUAAAACAGCCAGAAGCUCACCUCCAGACAAUUCAUUCACGGCUACAGGAUUACUCAUUACUCCCGAAAUCAAAGUACCCACAACAAAAAGAAAGCCUGCGUUGAACAGUAAAGCUCAAAAGCUUGCAUAG